GGUCGUUUCAUAUCACUGUCCACUUUUCCUCAAUCUUUUCAUCCAGUCUGUCAAUCGUUUUAACUAAUCUGUUCCCAAGCGCUGGUAUCGCACCGUUGGUUUUUCUUUCUUCCUGGUACCCUAAUCGUAGCAAGCCUUCAAAAUGGCCAUAUUUUCCAAACUCCUGCUGCUGGCAGCUUGUUCAACAUGUGUUGUUGGUGGGCCGGUCCCAAGGAACCACCAGAGGCGCCAGUUUACUGGAUACUUCAACACUUCAUCCAUAAUUCCUUCAACAUCUGAAAAGGCCAUCGCACAACUAGACACUGCUCUGGUAGUAGAACCUAUUCAGCCAACAAUAUUCACAUCGAUAGCGCCAGGCAUCACGUUUGUGAAUCCUGAUGGCGAGCCACUGGCGACACAAGAUCCAGAAACUGUCUUAUCCACAUCCUUCAUCACACCUACACAAAAACCUACUACAGAAAAGUCAUCCAGUGCGAUACCCACAUCCACCACUACGCCGGGUCUGAAACAAGUACCAGUCGAGAGCAGUCCAACACCCACUCUCUCUUCUAAUGCCUUGUCAGCACUGUCAAGCUCUGUCAAAGUUGUUGAAAACAGUACAGCUAGCAUUACUAGUCGUGAAUACCCCAAAUUCACAUACUCGCCCAUAGAGCAAGCGUCUUCGGCUUCCCUAGCCUCAAUCACUCCUCCUAGCGAAGCACCAGCGCCUACCUCUGGAGGAAUGCCUGGUUUUCAACAUCCUGGAUCAGCAGCUCCAAGCCAACCAUCCUCGAACAGUAGUUCUAGCCCGACUACUGUUGCGUCAUCCGUAGCAGUAUCUAGUGUUUCUAGUGGUUCACCUGUAGUAUCGUCCUCGAGAUCUGCAGGUGACUUGGCGGACGUGACAUCACGUAUCAUGGUCACAUCACUCACUACUGUAUAUGUUUCUGCCCCGUCACCCGAUGCGGCUAUCACCGCACCUGAAGAGCCAGUGUCAGGGUCAGCUACGCCUACUCCGGCUAUGACGAGCUGCAGUGAAGAUCAGGAGGCAGUGCCACCUGUUGCCAGCUCAGCGGCUCUGGCUGUACCGUCGGAGUCUUUACAAGUUCCACCAGUAGUAAUCGUCACGUCGUUCACCACAGUCAUGGCCACGCUGGCGCCCAGCGAGGCACCCCAAGUACCAGCCACGUCUGCGGUACCCGAGCCAGUAGUACCCAGCUCCUCAAACGCCUCUUCUGCGUCUGAAGCAACUUCGGCGUCAGCAGCGCCAACACCACCUGCAGCCCCUAGCAGCUCCUCUCCCCCCUCGCCAGAAAGCUCAACAUCAGCACAGCCAGCUUCCUCCUCGACACCCCCUGUAGAGCCUCCAGCGCAGCCAUCUCCAUCCACCACUCCCACUCCGGAACCCUCAGCACAACCAUCUACAUCCACCACCUCUACCCUGGAACCCUCACAGGAACCAUCCCCCCCACCAUCUCCAUCUUCUCCAGAAGCCCCCGCAUCAACACCAGAUGCCACACCCACAACCACCCCAUCUGCAUCAUCGCUACUACCGCCACCAGCACCUGAACCGACACCUUCUUCCCCGUCUUCGUCUUCGACAACAUCAGAAGGGCCCCUCAUCAUCACGCCCAUUCCACCAAGCCAGAUCUUUACCGUAACGGCUACGACGACAGAGAAGGAGACGGUUAAGGAGACCAUCACUGUGACGGCUACGGCGUAGUGAGGUAGUAAAUAUAUUUUGUCUGAGAAAAGUAAUUGAGGGGAGAGGAAAAUGUAGAUUGAUUUGAUACCCCUAGUUUUGCGGAAAGGAGAGUUAUUUAUUGUAUCUAUUGAAUACUGCAUUUUUGUUACAAGUC